AUGGCGGGUCCAUGGCGCGCGAUAGUGCGCCUCGCUGCCGUGCUAUGCGCGCUGCACAUGGCCGCGGCGCAGUUCGAGGCGCCGGAGUUCAACAUCGCGGUGCGCAAGGCGGACAUUCCGCUGAUCAAGUGCGACGUGUGUCGCAAGAUGGCGGAGCAGCUGGACCAACAGGUGGAGCGCGAAAGAGAAAAGGCGGAGCCCAAGAAGGUGAGCGAGUUGAAGGUGAUAGAGGUGGCGGAGAAGCUGUGCGACGUCAAGAGCGCCAACGGCGGGUGGAUCACGCGCCUCGACAUCGUGGAGAGCGGCGACCUGCUCAAGUUAAUAGAGCACGAGGAGGAUGGGGAGUGUCUGUCCGAGUGCAAGACCAUUCAACGCGCCUGCCAGGACAUAAUGGGAGAGCAUGACACGGACAUAGCGGAGAGGAUAUUUAACGACGAGCCCUCGCAGUCCUCCCUGCAGCGCCACCUCUGCCACGACAUCAGCAAGGCCUGCUCCUCCAAGCCGCCGCCCGUGCCCCAGGACCGAGAGCCAGGGGAGAACUGGCAGAAGAAGGACACCAGCCCCCCGGACUACAGCAAGAUGGCCAAGGAGAUGAACAUCCCCACCAGCGUCAUGCAUGAUGAGGCGGCCAUCAAGGACAUCAAGAUGCCCAAGGGCAUGGGCAUGCCUGAAGAGGUCUUCAAGCGUCAGCAGGAGAAGCAAGCAGCUGGGGAGGCGAAAGCAGCAGCGGGCGGGGGCAAGAAGAAGAAGGGGAGCAAGAAGGGCGGCAGCAGCAGCAAGGAGGAGCAGAUGGGGGAGGUGUAUGCACAGGCAGAGGAGGCAGCGAAGGGAGGCAAGGAGGAGAUUGUGAAGUUUGUUGAGAAGAUGACCGGCAAGAAGGUGGAGGACAAGGAGCCUGAGACUGAGACUGCUGGUUAUGACGAACUGUGA